CCCUCGCGCUAACCAGCUCUGAAUGAAUAGGAUUCCUUUUGUUGCCGAAUGGUAGUAUGUGGUUGAGUAUGUGAUUGGUUGAAGCCUUAAAAAAUGGCAUUGUGCCUUCCUUUCUCAUUAAGCAAUCACAGACCAGUCACUUCCCUAAGUUCCAGCUUUCUUCCUGGGACAACACAAUUGUCUUUUUCUAUCAAAAGAAAACCAAAAACCCAUAACUACCUCAACAAUGUGUCUGUCUCAAUUUCUUGUUCCUCUCUCAAACUUGUACGGGACCGUACUCUUGACAGGCAUGUUGUCAUGAGGAAUAGAAUUCGGUUUGUUCAAAAGCUGAAAACUUUACUUCUCUCUAAGCCGAAACAUUAUCUUCCACUUCACAUUCUCUCAAAGUGUCGGUCUUAUCUUUCUCUUUCCAAGCCUCGUUCCAUACUUGCUAUGAUCCAUCGGUAUCCGUCCAUUUUUGAACUCUUCACUAUGCCAUGGCCACCCACACCACUUAAUGCAACAAAGUUAUAUCCUCAACUCUGUGUUCGUUUAACUCCAGUUGCAGCUGCCCUUGCUGCUAAGGAAUUGAAUCUUCAAUCUUCCAUUUCCACUAUGUUGGCAACCAAACUCCAAAAACUUCUUAUGUUAUCUUCUCACCACCGGUUAGUUCUGUCAAAAUUGGUUCACCUUGCUCCAGAUCUUGGCCUCCCUCCUAGUUUUAGAUCGCGGUUGUGCAAUGACCAUCCUGACAAAUUCAAAAUCGUUGAUACUUCCUAUGGCCGUGCACUUGAGCUUGUAUCGUGGGACUUCAACUUGGCAAAGCCUUUGCCUCCUCCUCCACUCCAUUCUGUUGAUUUAAUAGUUGACCGCCCUUUGAAGUUCAAGCAAUUAAGACUACGAAAGGGGCUUAAUUUAAAGAGAUAUCACCAGGAUUUCUUGCUAAAGUUUGAAGAAAUGCCAGAAGUGUGCCCCUAUAGGAACCCUGCUGAGACUUUGGCCAAGGAAUCGAUGGAGGCAGAAAAGAGAUCUUGUGCUCUAGUACGAGAGGUUCUUGGAAUGACAAUUGAAAAGAGGACUUUAAUUGACCACUUGACCCAUUUCAGAAAGGAGUUUGGCCUCUCAAACAAGUUGAGAGGGAUGAUAGUAAGGCACCCAGAAUUAUUUUAUGUGAGUUUGAAAGGGCAUAGGGAUUCAGUUUUCUUGGUAGAGAAGUUUGACGAUAAGGGUGACUUAUUGGAGAAUGAUGAGGUUUUAGUCUUACAAGAUCAAUGGAUGGACUUGGCUAGGGAAUCCAAGAGAAUGAGACGGGAGAGAAGGAAGGGUAGGACUGGUAAAGAUGUUGGCAGGUUGAGUGAUACUAAUGAAGAUGAUAGCGAUGUUGAAUAUGAUGAUGAUAAUAUUGAGAUUGAUAAUUUUAAAGAUGGUUAUGACGAUGGUUUUGAGGAUAUAUUUGAAGAGUUGGAUUUUGAGGCUGAGGAUGAUGAUGACAGAAGCAAGUUGUUUGCCCAAAACAAGAAUAGGGAAUUUUGGACUGCAGGACCUUUUCCUAUUCAAAAUGGUUUGGAUGGAGCACCGAAGCAACCUUGGUAGGUUUCAGUCUAUAGAAUGUAUUUUUUUCCCCCAACAAAAUUAAAGCCUAGGAUGGAGUGUUGAAGUGCCUGCAUGUACCAUAUUAUGUUGGAGUUGACUAUUGACUAUAGUAGUUAAAAGAUGAUUCAAUGUAAGAUUGUGUAUACAAUAAGAUUUGAGUAAAAGAAAAUUCUG